AUGGAGCAGAGCAAUAGCCGGGUGGAAGACUUCCCUCUCAAUGUGUUUUCGGUCACCCCUUACACGCCCAGUGCUACUGACAUCCAGGUGUCAGAUGAUGACAAGGCGGGGGCCACCCUCCUCUUCUCAGGCAUCUUCCUGGGACUGGUGGGCAUCACCUUCACCAUCAUGGGCUGGAUCAAAUAUCAAGGUGUGUCCCACUUUGAAUGGACCCAGCUCCUUGGACCCAUCCUGCUGUCAGUUGGCGUGACGUUCAUCCUGAUUGCCGUGUGCAAGUUCAAAAUGCUCUCCUGCCAGUUGUGUAAAGAAAGCGAGGAAAGGGUCCUGGACUCAGAACAGAUACCGAGUGGACAAUCUUUUGUUUUUACUGGCAUCAACCAACCCAUCACCUUCCAUGGUGCCACUGUGGUACAGUAUAUCCCUCCUCCUUAUGGUUCUCAGGAGCCCACUGGGAUGAACACCGCUUACUUGCAGCCAGUGGUGAGCCCAUGUGGUCUCAUACCCUCUGGAGGGCCAGUGGAACCCACACCAAGUCCUCCUCAGUACUACACCAUCUACCCUCAGGAGAACGCUGCAUUUAUUCGGGAUGGAGAUGGUGGGAAUGCCAGGUCAAGUGUUUAUGAGGACCAGCUAGAAGAGACACAGCUAGAAGUUGAUGACUGUGCCUGCUUUUCUCCUCCCCGCUACGAGGAAAUAUACUCAGUGCCUCGUUAG